AUGGCAUAUUUGCUAUUAUAUGUUGAUGAUAUUGUGUUGGUUACUUCUUCAAAUUUGUUGCGUGAUCGCAUCAUCACUCACUUACGUACUGGAUUUCCAAUGACUGACUUAGGUCCUCUCAAUUAUUUUCUGGGCAUUGCUGUUACUCGUACUCUUUCACAUACGUUUUUGUCUCAGCAGAAAUAUGCACAGGAAAUUAUAGAGCGCGCAGGCAUGGCUAGUUGUAAACCUGCGGCGACUCCAGUGGAUACUCAAUCCAAGCUUAGUACAGAGACAGGCCCUGAGUUUCAUGAUCCAACACUCUAUCGUAGUCUUGCAGGUGCACUACAGUACCUCACUUUCACUCACCCUGACAUAGCUUAUGCAGUUCAACAGGUGUGUUUAUUCAUGCAUGAUCCCAGACAGGUUCAUUAUGAUGCAUUGAAACGCAUUCUGCGUUACAUUCAGGGCUCUAUUGAUCACGGAUUACAUUUAUAUCCUUCUUCAUCCAUGCACUUGAUUACUUAUACUGAUGCAGCUUGGGGCAGAUGUCCAGACACCUGUCGCUCAACCUCGGGCUAUUGUUGCUUUCUAGGGGACAAUCUCAUUUCCUGGUCGUCUAAGCGUCAACCUACUCUUUCUAAAUCCAGUGAAGAGGCAGAAUAUCAAGGCAUCGCUAACGUUGUUGCCGAGGCAUGUUGGCUUUGUAAUCUACUUUUGGAGUUACAUUGUCCUCUCCGGCAGGCCACUGUUAUUUGUUGUGAUAAUGUCAGUGCAAUUUAUUUAUCUCAUAAUCCCGUACAACACCAACGCACCAAGCACAUCGAAAUGGACAUUCAUUUUGUUCGUGAGAAGGUGGCGUUGGGGCAUGUACGGGUCUUGCACGUUCCAUCUCGUUAUCAAUUUGCAGACAUUUUCACGAAAGGCAUCCCUCGACAACUAUUUUUGGAGUUUAGAUCCAGUAUCAGCGUCCGUCCUCCUCCCGCUAUGACUGCGGGGGUGUGA